UAAGUCCGGGGGGGCAGAACCGCACGAGCCUGUACGCGCGCGCUCACAGGCGCUGGAAAAGUGAAAGUGGUCGACAGCGUCACUCAGAGCUCCUGCGGCUGAAGCUGAGAGUAGGCCUGUCCGACUGUCCCUGUCCUCAUGUCUCUGCUGCCCACCGCCUCACGUCUGUUCAAGAGCGCCCUGAAGACCCGACUGGUUCCGGUGGCCAAUGUGACGUUCAAACCGGCCAAAGAGGUCCUCUCUGCAGGGGAGCAGGUCAUAGCCAUGACUACCCUGUUUGUGACCAUCCUGGGUCCUUCUGGCUGGAUAUUGGCCCACCUGGAGGACUACAAGCACAAGAAGGAGUAGAAGUGAAGCUCCAGGAGGAUGGAGUUUAAUCCAUCAGCCUGGCCUGGAUCUGGAGAGUUUGCUCUCCUCCGGUCCUCCAUAUCUGCUUGAGUUCCUGAAUGCAGAGGUCCACCAGCUAAUAAAACAUAAAAACAUGGUUUCAUUCUGA